CACGCCGCCGCUCCAUCUACCGUACUCGUCGCCAGCAAGCAAAGCCCCGCGCGUUCACACCUGACCCAACCGACUCCCUUCGCUGCGACGGUCGGGCCCGACUCGCCAGCCGACCGGCCGGCGAAUCCGACGCGCGGUUAGCUUCCCCCGCAGUCCGCCGCCGCCGCAGCAGCAGCAGGAGGGGAGAUGAACUGGGGGCUGGCAGCCGCCGUGGCGUCCGCCGCUGCCGUCGCGGCCGCGUCCGGCGCCGAGCUCCUCGCCUGCGACUGCGACGCCCCCGCGCCGCCGGCUGUCGGGAGGUGCGACGGGCUGCUCCUCUCGCGGCAGCACCACGACGACGAGGUCCACGAGGGUCCGGCGUCGAGGGAGAAGCCUCGCGGCGGAGGCGGCAACAGGUUCGCGCCGCGGUUCGACGGGCUGCGCUUCAUCGAGACGCUCGUCACGGCGCACCGCUGAAAACGGCGCGCGUCUUUUUCGGUGGUAAAUUCGCGCCAUGAUUCGGCGAUCUAUUGUUGGUGGCGUUUAGGCCACCGAGUUUUGUUAGGAAAAAUUGGGGUUUCCCUUUCCCCUUCUUCUUCGGUGCUGUGUUUUUCUUCUUCCUGUUGUUGAUGACGAUGAUUAGUGUGUCCGUGUGCGUGUCUGAGAGACAUAGAGGAUUAAGACUAUAAGCGGCAUGUAAAUUUGAGCACAUACUCUUAAUACUAUGUUCCAUUAUUAUUCAUCA